GACAUUUUCUGAUUCUCAUAAUCCCGAGCAUCUAAGAACACAGGUCAGCCACAGUCAUGGAGAAAAAUCACAUAUACCAGUACAGUCUGCUCAAUGCCUUGAUGGACGGCGUCAGCGAGACAGGCAUCACUGCAACUAAGCUCGCUAGCAAGGGCAACCAAGGCCUGGGCACUUUUGCACGCAUGCAAGGCGAGCUCAUGUUCCUCGACGGCAAGAUAUAUCAACUCCAAGCCGGCGGUCAAACAAGAGAAGCGGACGAUACGGACCGAAUCCCUUUCGCAGUCAGCACACACUUCGUACCCGAACAGACAAGUUCAGUAGAUUUCAAGGACAAAGACGGUAUCGAAAAUGCGUUGAACAGCUUCAACGAUCAUGCGGCGAAUCUAUUCAUGACUUAUCGCAUCGACGGGCAUUUCGACUACCUGAAAUGUAGGACUGUGAGGGGCCAGGAGUAUAAGGGGCAGCCACUUUCCGAGCUUGGCAAGAAGCAGUCAGUCGAAGAGUACGAGAAUGUUGAAGGCACAAUCAUCGGCUUUCGGACUCCGCGUAACUGGCAGGGUUUCGGAGUCGCCGGCGAGCAUCUCCAUUUCAUCAAGCAGGACCGAUCAGCAGGAGGACAUGUUCUCGACCUUAGAGGAAAAGGCCUCACGUUCAAAGUGGCCGUGGCGAGUAACGUUCACGUAGAACUUCCCACCUCCGAUGAUUUCAAUGACGCGAAGCUCGUAACCGACGAUGCAGGAGUCAAAGAAGUGGAGGGUUGAUU